CUCUACUUGUGCUGUUGUCUUUAAAUAAUUUGUUGUGUACGAACAAAUUUAUAAAGUAAAAUUAAAUAUGAAUGAUACCAAAAUUCCGUUUAAUCAAAGUGAUUUGAAUUCCUCCUACACCGAAGAGCUUCGAAGUGAACUGCAGAAAUGGUACAAGACAGAGCUAAUAGUGAAACUGUUAAAACAACCGAGUUCGCUGAUUUCCGUUGAUGAUAGAGCGCUGCUGAGUAUAUACCUCAACGAUAACGUGCUACCUUUUGGUUUAGAUCGUAUACGAAAAGUCGAGAUGAGCUAUCUGGAUCGGUUGAAAUUGAACGGAUAUUUGGAGAACAAAAUUACAGCGAUUGCAAAACCGAUUACUGAAAAAUAUGCUCACUUGACAGAAAAUAAGUUAAAUGCAUUAUCCGAUCAUCUUUAUAAAGAUUACCUCUCAGUAUUUGAAUUGGAAUCUGAAAAACGAAAACUUACAGAAGAACUCAUUAAAUUGAAAAACCGUAAGGUGCAUUUCAUGAACCUCUGUGCAGAGAUGAGGACGGGUCCAUACCAGAAGAAUACCGUGGAAACGAAGAACGCAGAAUGCAAAGCGUUACAAAUCAAAGCUGAAACAAUACAAAAAGUUAUGAUACAUGAGGUGACUACGAGUACAACGCAUGCAGUAAAGGCUGUCAAAGAGGUUGAAUCGAACAUAGAUGCUCUUCUCAGUCUGAAGUAAGAAGAGACAACACAAAGUUUGUAGAAUGACCAGUUGUAGACAGUACACCUGCGCGUACGCUAGUUUUAUAAAGUGGUGCUUCGUAGCGUCGCCCUAUGUCAAGAUCCACGCAAGGUUUAAGCCACACGACUGGCAAUCU